GUUCGUGGCGAGAUCUAGUGUCAUCAUCCUUUAACAUGGGUUGCUGCAAGCCACGUACUAUUGCGUUAAGCGUAUCUGCAGUCGGAAUUGUUUUACUUAUAAUUGGUUGUGUUUUGGGAUUCGGCGUUAUUCCUGGUAUUAUCGAUGAUCAAGUUGCCGAAAAUGUUCAACUUAUCGAGGGUAGUGAAGCAUAUGAAAGGUGGGAAGAAACUCCAGUGGUUAUGAAAUUCAAGGUACAUAUUUUCACUGUAACGAAUCCUGAUGAUGUAAUAGCCGGAGGAACACCAAAAGUGGAAGAAAAGGGUCCUUAUGUAUACGAUUUAUAUCGCAAAAAAGAAGAUAUAGCGUUCAUUGAAGAAGAUGACGCUUAUGAAUAUAUACAAAAUACAUACUUUGAAUUUAAUAAAGACGAAUCACAAGGUUUGACAGAAGAGGACGAAAUAACUGUUUUAAAUGUCGCACAACAGGGUGUCUUGCAAAAAGCGGAAGAUAUGUCAACUACGGAGCAAUUCAUGAUAGAAUUGAAUAUGGAUAACAUAUUCACAGACACCCCUAAUACACUGUUUCAUACUAUAACUGUAGGAGAAUUCUUGUUCGGUGGCUACAAAUUCUGUGAUCAUGUUCCAGCAGGUACUGCAUUAGUUUGCAAUAAAAUCAAAGCACAAGCAGAGACUGUAGAAACAAUUACUUUGGUGCCGGAUGAAGAUGAUGAGUCGAAAUACACUCUUCUGUUUGCGUUUUUCAAACACAAACAAAAUAAAAAAGAUGGGCCGUAUGUUGUAAAAUCUGGUAUCUCGGACGCAAAUGAAGUUGCUGAGAUAAUCAGUUGGAAAGGCCUAAAGGAAUUGGAUUUCUGGGGUAACGAAACUGAUAACAUCUGUAACAAAGUUAGAGGAAGGGAUUCUUCAAUCUAUCCACCCUUCAACGACGAGGAUACUGUGCAUGAAGUUUUCAAUACCGACAUUUGUAGAAUUUUAACAUUAAAUUAUGAAGGAGAAGGAACUUACAAAGACGUUGAUGGUUUUGUUUCAACACUCAACGUUAAUAAUCUUUUGAAUAGAGAUGAAGGAGAAUGUUACUGCGUAAAAAAUAUAAGAAAUCUUGACGGCGAAAAGGAUUGUUUACCUGACGGAUUUGGUGAUUUAUCGCCAUGCACAGGUGCAACUGUUAUUAUGUCAUUCCCACAUUUCCUAGACGCAGACGAGACUUAUGCUAACACUGUUGAAGGUCUCUCUCCAGAUCGAGAUCUUCACAAAACUUAUGUUCUUAUGGAACCUAAAACCGGAAGUCCGCUUCAAGGAGCCAAACGAAUGCAAUUUAAUAUGAUUCUUCGACCAAUAAAGGCUUUUGAUCGUACUAAAAAUCUUAAACCGUCUGUUUUACCACUUCUAUGGGUGGAAGAAGGUGUUGCACUAACAGAUGAAUUAAUUGAAAAACUCAACGAGCAAUACUUUGAUAAAUUAGUUAUGGUAGAUGCCAUUGUGUACACCCUUAUCGCCGUAGGUGCUGUGUUAGCUAUCGUCGGUGGUGUAGUUUUCCUUAUCAAAAAAUAAAUUAAUUAUUUUUAAUUAAUUUAAAAUUUAUUUGUGUAUCGUGUAAUUAAUAGA